GAACCAAUUUAUCAAAAGAAAUACGUACUUGAUAGGUGACACGAUUGUCUUCUACGAUAAAUAACAUCGUCAAUUAAAAAUCCAACACAUUUUUUUUACAUUUUAACGAUUAAUUCGUAUCGUUCUUUUUCGAAACCGUGUUAAACAAAGCAUGGUUUACACAUAUAGGGCACAGCCACCUCUUACGGCAUUAGCAUACCCGAUCCUGCGGACCAAAUGGUAAACAGUCGACGUCGCCCUAAGUACGUCAUUUCGGAUCCUCCCGAUCCAAUGUCGGUUCUGUUAGGUACCACAGGCACCGGUCACCGUUCACGUCGAAACCGUCGUUAAACGACGAAGGGUUCGGCGAGUAAAUUAACCCACAGAUACAGCACACUGAGUUUCUCGUCGGAUCUUCUCAGUGAGUCGCGCUUCCUACGUUAGAUUCUAUGAAGCACUGAUCUUGCUAUGGCUAGUGUUUGCAACAUCUUCAGGUUACAGCCCCAUGAGCUCAUUGAAAAAAUCUCAGCUGAGAUUUCAAAUCAUCAUAUCAUCUUAUCUCAUUUCAUAUAUAUUCUUCUCAGUUGAUUAAUGUUUCAAAUUAAUCAUCUUCAUUUCAUUUCAUUUCACUUCACAUUAUCAUUUUUCAUAAAAAUAAGAAUAAUAAUAUAAAUUAAAAUAAGACAUGACUUAAAAGUGUUAGUUACCAGGUCAUAAAAUCCCUUAGAAAAAUGUAUCGAAAAUACCGCCAAAAGAAGAAUUGAAAAAACUCCAACCGUGUAUGUAUUCACUGUGAUAAAUUAAUUAAUUAAUUCGCAAAUAAGUAGGUAUGUAGUUUCACUUUACAAAAGUGAGGAGCUACAUGAAGACCAACCGCAUUCUGCUACGGAAUUAAGUCUCUAAGAAUUGUCGAAGAAAGGCCACAUAAAUUGAAACCAAAAUUCUACGAGGAAAAACUGAUGAGCAAUAAUCGGGAGGAGCUCUCGCAAAGCAGUCUUCAAGAUGUGAAGCUCCUCGUUGUCCCCGGACCGCAGAAUGUGUUUACUGAUGACGAGUUCGCGGCCAUGAAGAGUGUAGUCGAAAGAGGCGAUUCGGUGCUGGUCACAAUGUCAGACGGCGGAGAGGAGAAGAUAAAUACGAACAUCAACUUCUUCCUAGAAGAAUUCGGAAUAGUCGUCAAUAAUGAUUGCGUUGUCCGAGCCAAGUUCCAUAAAUAUUACCACCCUAAAGAAUGUCACAUCUCGAAUGGAAUCCUGAACAGGGCCGUCGCCGCACACAUUAUGAAGACGCCGAACUAUGCGUGCGAGUCCGAUGAUUUUCUCGAGGAUCCAUCGACUCCGAAUUUUGUUUAUCCCUACGGCGCGACUCUGACCGUGAAGAAGCCCGCCGUGGCAGUCCUCUCGAGCAGCGACGUCUGCUAUCCGGUCAAAAGACCUGUGGCCGCCUUGUAUACGUCAGAAAAGACGGGAGGAAAACUGUUCGUUAUCGGCUCCGGUCAUUUCUUUGCUGACCAAUACUUGGAGUCGGAGUGCAACGACCUCAUCAGGGACUUGGUGUUCGGCUACCUGACCGGAACAGUUGCUCUACAUUUGAACCCCGUCGACGCUGAGGAUCCUGAUAUAAACGAGUACCGGACAGUAGGGGACGUUUGCUGGCUUAGCUCCAGGCCGCUGCCGGAGCCCGCCGCGCCCCCUCCCCUCCGAGCGCCCCCACACCCACACGCUCUCUUCACUUGGACACUCUUUUCCCUCAACUUGGCGCAUCUACCAGAAGUACUAGGACUGUAUGAAGCGUUAGGAGUCAAACACGAAGCGCUGAAGCUGAUCGCGCCCCAGUUCGAAACCCCGUUCCCGCCGCUGCAACUUGCCGUGUUUCCGCCCACGUUCAGGGAGCCCCCUCCGCCGCCGCUGGAGUUGUUCGAUCUGGACGAGGCGUUCAGCUCCGAGCGCUCGCAGCUGGCGAGGCUCGCCAAUAAGUGUCUGCAACCGACCUCCAGCAGGAUGGGUCAGGGAGACGGGAGUCAGUUGGAGAAUGAACUGGAGUACUUCGUGCGCGAGUGUGGUCGCGCGGUGCGGCUGACGCGCGCUCAGCCUCCCGAGGAGGGACCCACCGCCAAGCACAUAUUGCACCAGCUCGCUCUCCAACUCGCUACCUUCAAGAAGAUCUCGCCGAAAGACUAAAAUAUCUAAUCAAUCGGGUAACAAGUGAUCGAAGAUUCGAUAUUUACACGCGCCGUUUUUCCUCAGUUUUGCGACUUAUUAUUGUUGUUACCAGCGGUAGGACUGUGAGUUGAAUAGCCAUUGAGACCUGUUCCAAUCUGUCGUACUUAUCUCAAAGUAUUUAAUAUCUUUACCCAAAUCCACGAGAAAUUGGACUGCCUACCCUGGGUAGCUGUUCUUAACCUUCUCGGCCCUAAGAGUGCUCCCCCAAACAGUAUCUAAAACAGUUCAAAGUGCGCAGUGAUUGCGGAGGAGUUUCUCAUAUUCACUGAUUUUCUUACCCUACAUUCUAACCCACAUAUUUUUUGCUCUACAUUCUAUCCCAAAUAUCUCUUGUUUUACGUCCUAAUCUACAUAUUUCUUACUCCGCAACCUUAUCCACACAUCUCUUGCCCUACAUUCUAGUUUACAUAUUUUUGCUCUACAUUCUAAACAACAUAUUUCUUGCUCUACAUCCCAAUCCACAUAUUUCUUGCUCUACAUCCUAAUACACACAUUGAAUAGCUACUACCUUGAGCCAACCUAGUUCUAUCAUUAAUCUUCGCUUCGAGUUGUUAAAGACUGGUGAGUGGAUGGCUAUAGAGAGUGAACUCUUCUGCUCAACAUAUCUCGUAUAAAAACAUCAUAAUUGUUGAAAUUAGAUUACUGUUUGUUUGUAUAAGACGGAUGUAUCCCAUGACGGUGUGCCAUUUUCAAUAAAAUGUAUUUUUCACGUAUAGUUACAA